AUGUACAAAAAGCACAGUACUAUCGUGCUGUGUCUGUUACUACUAACACAGCCGUUGGCUGAAGCCAGACGAGGCGGUGGAGCCAGCAUUUCCAGGGGCGGCGGAGCUGCUCGUGCUGGAGUUGCACCAGGAGGCGGUGGUGCUCCAGGUGGAGGUAAGGUUUUGUUUGGUUUAUGUUUUUAGAUUCAUAUUUUAUUUUUUCAGUUAUUAAAAUAUAAUCUGAAGAAUUCCGAGUUUGAAUUGAGGGAGAUAUUGUGGAUUUUCUGGCAAGGAUCUAAGUUAAUAUAGGAUAUGUGUUAUAUUUGAAAGUUUGUGAUGUAUUUUGGGCAUAUAAGGCUUUCAAUAGUUAAUAAUAAGACUUGUAGUAGUUUCAGGAAUUUUUUUAGUUUUAAAUUUAGAUUGAUAAAGGUAGUUGAAAUGGUGGUUUGAAGUGAUAUUAGACUUGACAUUAAGAAAAGUUAAAAUCCUCACAAUUUUUGACAUGAAUCGUUUUAAUUUUUUAAUAUGUUUGAUCAAAACCAUAUUAGUUUCAUAAUUUCAGGUGGAUUUGCUCCAAGCCAAGGAGGCGGAUUCCAGCGACCAGGUGGUAAUUUCCAACAGCCACAAAACAACUUCCAUCCUCAACAACCACAGAACAACUUCAACCAAGGUGGUGGAGCGCGUGGAUUUGGAGGUCCAGGAUUUUCUCAACCUCAUUACAGUCAACCUAGCUUCAAUGCUCAUGGUAACUCACUCGGAUCGCCUUCAAGAGCUGGUUCUUUCAAGACUGCGUUGGCUGGAGCUGCUCUUGGUACUGUUGGUAAGGUUUUUGAAGUUUUUUUGGUGUUUAUGUUUAGGUUUUUGGUCUUAAAAGAUGCGAAAGAGUUUUGGGAAGAACAUGCGGUGUUGUUUAAGUUGUUUUUGAGAGUUUGAGUUAUGAAAAUUUUAAUUUUUUGGGUGAUGGUCAACAUGACGUAAUAUAUUGUUGAGGAAAAGUUAAUGUUUCUUAUUGAAAUUGAAUUGAAACUUUUAUGAAAUUAACGUAGAAUCUUCAAAACAAUGUAUUCUAACUACCAAAGUUGGCUUUGCUUUUUAUUUUUUGAACAAAUUUACCUUAUUUUAGGUGGUUUGUUGGCGUUUGAAGCCGGAAAAGCGAUUAUUCGCUCAGCCACAACUCCAUUUAACCACGAUGGACGUGACUACUACUUUGAUAGACAAAACUACAAAGGCAACAGCAACAAUGUCUGCACAAUGCCACUUCAACAGUUGAUCAAUGUUCAGAACCCAGCUCCAACCACUACUACAACUGCUGCUCCAGCCGCUGGUGAAGCCGGUGUGACUCCAGCUCCUGAUGCCACAACCACCAUGGCUCCACAACAAGUUCUUCAGAAUGUAAGCUUUGGUUUGGUAUAAUGGGAGUUAUUGAGGGUAAAAGGCGGAUAACCUAGUGUAAUAUCUCUUUUUUUGGCUUUAAUCUAAUUUUACCUGUUUCAGAUCCAAUUCCAAGAUGGAUCAAGACCAAAAGAAGUGGUAUGGUCCUGUAAAGUGAAUGAAGUAUGUUGUGGCACUGAUUGUUGUCCAGCACCUCAAGGCCAGUCCGCUGCUCCGAACGCCGGAAGCAGUCAUCACGGUGGUGGACCAGGUAUUGGAAGUAUCGUCGUCGGGUGAGUUUUUCUGCCAGUUUUUGUGUGAUGUGCUUAAUGUGAUGGUUUUUGUGUGGUUUUUCAUUUUUAAAGUUAUUUGUGUGUGUUUACGUGGGAGAGACAUGUUAUACGAUGAAACAUGUUUUUUGGAAAUUGAUUUUUUUUUGAAAAUUAGGUAAAAUACGAUUUUUUACUGGUGGAAGGGAUUAUUAUUAUUUUUUAAAUUUCACUUUGACAAAGUGGACAUUUUAUACGAUGAAAAGUAUUUUUUGCAACACCUAACUCACCUAGUACAACAUAAUGUUGCCAAUGUGUAUUGUCCGCAUCAUUAACCAAAAGUUUGUGUGUGUGGCACUAAUCUCAGCACCAAAGCCUACGUGGACAAUAUUUACAGUGCUUUAGUAUUCUCCUUAUUAUACUGAUCCUAUCAUGCUGCUGCUGCUUCUUGGUCUACAAAUUCUGCCGCGAAUCCAUCGAAUGCUGUUUGCCGAAGAACAGGGAAGACAACUACUACGAUGACAGCCACAAAUACGAAGGCAAUGGACAAGGUAAGGGGGUUCAUUCGGGGUCUUGAGGUGAGAUGUUUUAAAAAUCUAGAUGUUUUUUGGGGAUUUUUUGAAAUUUAUGAGGUAUGGGUAAUGUUUAUCUUAAUUUUGUGGUAGUAAAUGACAAAAUAGGUGUUGUUUUUGGGUUUUAAUAGAUAAAGAAGAUAAUGAGGAUUAUUUUAGAUAUAAACUGGGGUAUCUUUGAAUUGAAAUAGAUAAAGAAUGAGCUAUUUUUGCUCAUGGGGCUACGAUAGGUCUCAUGGAUAAUAUAAAUUUGAACUUUUUGAUAAAGUCGUUAGUGUAAAUUGAUAGUUUAUGUAUUUACAGAGUAAGAAAGGUUAUUUGUGAUGUUAAUAUAGUAGCAUUCUGACCAUGUAGCUUUUAGAAUUAGCUGUAUGAGGAAUUACGUAUAAGGUGUCAUGGAUAAUAUAAAUUUAAUUUUUUUGUGAAACCUAUAGUUAAAUUUGAGGUUUUAUAUAUUUACAGGGUAAGAAAGAUUACGUUUGACGUUUUCAUAGUAUUAUUUUGACUAUGUAGUUCUUAAAAUUAGCUGUAGGAGGAAUUAUAUGUCAGGUAUCAUGGUUAAUAUAAUUUUGGUCACAAUGAAGGAAAAUGGAAAAAUCAAUAAAAUUAAUAUGUACUAUAAGAUGUGCUAUUGUUUUUUGAGUAGUUUGAAAGUUAGAUUUAGGUUUGGGAAUUUAAAAAUAAGUUUUUAUGAUAUAAUUUACGGUAGUAGGUACCAUGGAUAAUAUAAUUUUAAUCAGAAAAUUGAUUUUUUUGAAAUUUUUUAACAAUAAUGUGAUCUAAAAUGAAGUUAGAAAACUUUUUUUAAUAUUUUUGCUUUAUAUUUACUUUAUUUUUUUCAGGUAAUGCUUAUCCAAUGGGUCCCUAUCCACCGCAGCAGUCAUAUCCACCCCCACCUCAAUACCCACAACAAGGUGGCUACUACCCAGCCCAGCCUCAAGCUCAACAAGGCUACCCUCAAUACCCUCAUCAACAACAGUUCUAG